GGUAAAAGGUUAUGAGCAGAAACAACAAGCAUGGCGGAAAUUCAGAAAGGCAGAAGCAGAUCUCCAAAAUCGGGAAAGCGAGGAGGAAAGCCAGUGAAAACCGUGACAAUUGAAGAGGCUGCUAAAAGGAAAGAAGCUUUGAAGGAAGCUUAUAGGAAGAAGUAUGAAGAGCAGCAGAGGGAAUGGCAGAUUGUGGAGCGACUCCUGGAAGAUAACAUUGCAGAAGAGUUUCUGGUUGACUGUGCAAAGUUCAUCUCUCCAGCGAACUACAAGGACACAGUGGAGGAGCGUUUUAUCCUCAGGAUGUGCGGCUAUCCUUUUUGUCAAAACAAACUCGUCAAUAUUCCUAAACAGCAGUACAAAAUCUCAAUCAAAACCAAUAAAGUGUAUGAUAUUACAGAAAGGAAGUGUUUCUGCAGUAACUUUUGUUAUAAAGCAUCAAAACACUUUGAAGCCCAGAUUCCUGACGCCCCUGCGUGGAUGCGAGAGGGUGAAAGACCUCCAGAUGUCAAAUUAUUGAAGCAAGGACGAAGUGGCAGCUCGGGCGAGGAGGUGAAGAUAGCUGAAGAUCCCAUCGCGCCAUCUCAGAUUGAAAACCCGGACAUCGAUGGUAGCAGCAUGGCCCCUCCUCUUCCUUUGGUUGAUUCCAAUGCUCAGCACCUUAUCCAAAAGCGCAUUGUUAUAGACAAAUUGAACAGAAGUUUAAAGGAUAUUCUGGGACCUCUCCAACUUGCACUGUGUGAUGUCUCUACUGAUCUUAACAACCUUAUCAGAACCUUCAGGUUUACAAGUUCUAACAUUAUUCACAAAAACCCAGAAUGGACUUUAAUUUCAGUUGUUCUUCUCUCAAUGUUGACUGCAGUUUCCCCCCUGCUUCAGGAAUCGUUGAAAAGCCCCACUUCUAUUGAGUUUAUUUCAACGUUCAUGAAGACAUUUAAUCUGAAGGACAAAGAUUUUGAGAGUUUAGUACGCAUCAUAAAAUCUCAUGGAGAGUGAUCAUUUAGUAACAAGUGGCCUGCCUCCCAAGAUCAUGCUUUCAUUGGUCACAGGAAGGGGAGGUUCUCUUCCAGGAGUGCAGAGACUGAACUCAAUGUCUCAAUUCACAGACACAAGAACCGAGACUUUUACAAUAAUGUUUACACUUGAGUUACAGAACUGAUUGGUUGUAAAUUGACUGCUAAACUAUCGAUCAAUAAAAUACGUUUUUGUUCACGUUUUGUUUUUGUAAAACUUGCAUGUGUUAUUGUU